AAUGUGCAUGCGGGCGGGGGAGCCGGGUACGAGCAACCGCCGGCUUAUGGUGCGGCGAGCCCAUUUGCGGCGCUUGUGCCGUCCGUCUUCCCCCCUGGGACGGAUCCGAACGUGGUUGCAUGCUUUCAGAUGGCCGAUCAGGAUGGGAGCGGACUCAUAGACGAUAAGGAGCUGCAGCGGGCUCUGUCUUCGUAUAACCAGAGCUUUAGCAUUCGAACAGUUCAACUUCUUAUGUAUCUGUUCACUUCAUCGAAUGCUCGGAGGAUUGGUCCAAAGGAAUUCAUCUCAUUAUUUUACUGCCUUCAGAGCUGGAGGGUUAUAUUCGAGAGGUUUGAUCGUGAUCGCAGUGGCAAGAUCGAAGAGUCAGAGCUCCGAGAAGCCCUUCUCAGCUUGGGUUAUGCAGUUUCCCCUCCUGUGUUGGACCUGCUACUGUCGAAGUAUGACAGAAGUGGCGGCAAAAGCAAAGCGAUUGAAUACGACAAUUUCAUCGAAUGCUGCCUCACUGUAAAGGGUUUAACAGAGAAAUUCAAGGAAAAGGACACAAUGUACCUCGGUUCUGCAACUUUCACUUACGAAUCGUUCAUGCUUACUGUGCUUCAAUUCCUCAUUGCCUGAUGGUAUUGAUACAUAGAACUGUUGCUUUCGUUCUCUUAAGCUCUUUGAAAUUCUUGUAGGCUUGUCAGUCUUGUAGUGAGUAUUUGUUGCUGCAUCUUGACUCUUCGUUAUUGUAACAUAUAGUUUGUAAUUGUAAUUUGAGAGGUUUAUGUGAUUUGAUUUUGCUGUAGUGAAUUUGAGGAGCAAUGGUGAUUGCGCUUCCUGUAAAUGUUUUAUAGUGGAGCUGUGCAUAUCCUAAGUUAUUUCAUCAACAGUGUUCAUGAAUAUAUUGAGAAAUUAAUUUAGAUUAUAUAU